AUUCAGUGCUAAGAUAUUCGAACAGAAAUGAUGAGAAGGACUAGUGUGGCCAUUGAAGACUGAAGAUGCUUACAGAAUAAAGACACUGAAGACAAAGGCCAAGAAACAAAAAAUGCUGACUUUUCUUGAGCUGCUGCUGGCUUUGGUACUGGUCAUUUUGUCAACACUGGUCUGGAGAAAGAGAGGUCUAACCCAGACCAUAAACAUUCACUCCAAUACAGAUGCUUCAGUGCUCACAUGUGACCCAAACACAACACACAACCAAUUUAAUCAGUCGGACAUCAAGAGGAAGCUGACAGAACAUCCAGAUCAUCUAAAUGUGGUUCCCAGUUCAGUGCAGACAGCUCCGGUUCAGACUCCUGCCACUAUUCCUGCUGGACAUUCUGUUGCUGUGAAUGUUGAGCAUGGCGGCACUGCAACUGCUGCUGUAUUCAGUAGCAACACUUUUUCAGGCCCAGUACACAUCAGUGUCAACCCUACCACUCCCAGUCCUGCCAGCAGUGAUGGUUCCGUUCUACAGAAAUUCUUUGAGUGUCACAAAAUCAAAAUGAAGAAGAAAACUGAGUGCAUUUUUGAAGGCAAGAAGGACAAUAAAACACAGCUGAAGAAGGUUUACACACAGCUCUUCAUUACAGAAGGGAAACUUAUACAAGUCAAUAAUGAACGUGAGAUGCUGAAGAUUGACAAAGAUUUUAGGACUCAAAAACCUCAGGACACUCCAAUCAACUGUAAUGACAUCUUCAAUUUACCAUGGAAAAAUGAAGAGAACAAGGUCGUGCUGACCAAAGGCAUCGCUGGCAUUGGGAAAACAGUCUCUGUACAUAAAUUCAUUCUAGAUUGGGUAGAAGGAGAAGCAAACCAGGAUAUAGACUGCGUUUUUUUUCUUCCAUUCCGAGAGAUUAAUUUAAUUAAUCCUGGAGAGUACAGUCUUCAUGAGCUACUCCUAGAGUUCCAUCCUGAACUGGAAGAACUGAAGGAAACAAAAACGUAUGAAAACUGCAAGCUUGCAUUCAUCUUUGAUGGGCUUGAUGAAAGCCGACUUCCGCUGGAUUUUAAUAGUAGCAUUGUAAGUAGAGUCAAAAUGAAAGCAACUGUGAAUGUACUGAUUACAAAUCUAAUUCGAGGAGAUUUACUUCCUUCUUCCGUAAUCUGGAUCACCUCCCGACCAGCAGCAGCCAAUCAAGUCCCUUCAGAGUAUGUGAGCCUAUUCACAGAGGUGCGAGGGUUCACUGAUAAACAGAAAGAGGAAUACUUCAAAAAGAGAAUACCAGAUGAGACUGAAGCUUCUAAAAUCAUCUCCCAUAUUAAGACCUCUCGGAGCCUGUACAUUAUGUGCCACAUCCCUGUCUUCUGUUGGAUCACUGCUACUGUGCUUCAGACAAUACUGGUGGAAAACCAGGGAGAAGACAUUCCCACCACGCUGACUGAAAUGUACAUUCAUUUUCUGCUUAUACAAAUAAACACAAAGAACCAGAAGUAUGAACAGAAAUUUGAGCGAGACUUGCGGAAGCUCAUGAAAGACAACACAGAAUUAAUCAAGCAACUGGCCAAGCUAGCAUUUAUACAACUAACAAAGAAGCACAUAAUGUUCUAUGAAGAUGAGCUGAAAGAAUGUGGCAUUGAUGUCAGUAAAGACUUCACUGAGUACAGUGGAAUGUGUGCGGAAAUCUUCAAGCAGCAGUCUAUACUUCAUGAGGAGAAGGUCUACUGCUUUAUUCAUUUGAGUGUUCAAGAGUUCCUUGCUGCUCUCCAUGUAUUCUACUGCUACCUGCAAAAGGAUAUGGAUAAACUACAAUUUUUCAUUGAUGACGGCUCUCCUGUUAACAUUCCGUUGGAUCUCUUAUUAAAGAAGGCAAUUGACAAAGCCAAGCAGAGCGAGAACAGCCAUUUAGAUCUGUUCCUACGUUUCCUCCUAGGCAUCUCUCAUGAAUCUAAUCAGAAACUGCUACAAGGCUUGCUGGGACACACAGAGAACACCAAAAAGAGCAUCAGUAAAACUAUCCAACACAUAAAACAAAUGCAGAAUAAGGGUCCUGAUUUAUCACCUGAAAUAUCCAUCAAUCACUUCUUCUGCCUGCUUGAACUGAAAGACAGAUCCCUGUAUAAUCAAAUCAAGAAAUAUCUUAAUGUACAGGCAUUCCCAGAUAAAGAACUCUCCUUAUCAAACUGCUCAGCUCUGGCCUACAUGCUGUUGAUGUCGGAGGAAGUGUUGGAUGAGUUCAAUCCAAAGAAAUACAACAAAUCAAAUGAUGCCUGCAGAAGACUGGUACCAGCUGUGAGGUGCUGCAGGAAAGCUGUGUUUGCUGGCUGUGAGCUUAGUGAAACCUGCUGGGAAACUAUAUCUGCAGCUCUGCAGACUGAAAACUCCCCACUAAAAGAGCUGGACCUGAGUGAUAAUUGUUGGAUUGAGCAAGGAGCAAAGCUGCUUUCUGAAGGACUGAAGAGUUUGCACUGUAAACUGGAGAAACUAAAGUUGGCCAGAUGUCAUUAUACUGAUGUCAGCUGCAAAGAACUAGCUUCUGCGAUCAACUCAAAACUACAUCAACUGAAAGAGCUGGAUCUCAGCAAUAAUGACCUUCAGGAUUCUGGAUUAAAACAGCUUUUAUUUGGCCUGAAGAGCUGCAGAUUGGAAAUUCUGAGGAAAGUGUUGCACUGGUGUAACCUUACAGAAGAGAGCUGCCAGUCCAUUUACUUAAUACUGAAGACUAGUUCUGAGUCAUCUCUAAAGGAGCUUGAUCUCAGUAACAAUGACCUGCAGGAUUCAGGAGUGAAGCUGCUUUCCGCUGGACUGGAGAAACAGCAUUGUAAACUGAAGAUUCUGAGAUUAUCCGGGUGUUCAGUCACAGAGGAAGGCUGUUUAUUUCUGACCUCAGCUCUGAGUUUAAACCCCUCCUACCUGACAGAGCUGGAUCUGAGCUACAACUACCCAGGAGACAAAGGAGAGAGAGAACUUAACACUAAACUUGAUGAUCCACACUGCAAACUGGAGAUCCUGAAGCUAGAUCCACAUGAUGAAAAAUUCAUCAGGCCAGGGAUAAAAAAGUAUGCCUCUAAGCUCACCCUAGACCCAAACACGAUACAUGUGCAGUGCUUUCUGUCCGAGGAGAACAGGAAAUUCACACACGUGGGUAAAACAACGCAGUAUCCUGAACAUCCAGACAGAUUUGAUACCUGUAACCAGGUGCUUUCUAAGGAGAGUCUGACUGGACGCUUCUACUGGGAGGCUGAGUGGACAGAAGGAGAACCUGAAAUAGCAGUGACAUAUGAAGAAAUCAAAAGGAAAGGUGAAGCUCUUGAUGCAGCAAAUUCUUUGUGUUUGCUUGGAUUUAAUGAUGUGUCUUGGAAUCUUAUUUGUUCUAGUUACAGGUAUAGCAUCCUCCAUAAUUCUCUGGAAAUUUCCAUACCUUCCAUAACAUACCCCCGCUUCAAAAAAGUAGGCGUGUAUCUGGACUGGCCAGCAGGCCUUGUGUCCUUUUAUGGUGUUUCCUCUGAUACACCCACACUGACACACAUUUACACAUUCUGCACCACUUUUACUAAGCCCCUCUAUGCAGCGUUUGGUGUUGGAAUGCUCAAUUCUGUGGCUCUGAGCAACAUGACAUAAAUUGUUGUCCUCUGUUGUUAUGACUUAUGCACAUUCUCUCAUUGUACUUAUACUUACAUUACAUUACAAGGACGGUCCUGAAAUGUAGCAAGAAAGGGUGGAGCUUGAUUUUCUCCUCCCUCUCAAAGACGAAAAGUUCAAGUGCUGUUUAUCUAAGGGUGACCAUUUGGUGAUAUACCAAGUGGAGUCACAUUUUCUCUGUAGCUUUUAAUGCCAGUUUUGGAAAAUAUUAUUAUACUUAUUUUCUUCUGAUAUUUCUCAUUCUUUAUUCAAGUGGAUUAGCUUGUAUGUAUUCUUCUCUAUAUUCUUCUCAGAAAUAUCCAUUUUAGCCAUUUUGGACUCACAGAAAAAAAAAAUGUCAGCUUAUGUGAGUUUAGGUAGCUCCUUGUGUGCAUGUUAGUUUCUUUGAAGGACAAAAAUGCCAAUGACACUUCUGGGAACACCUUUUGUUGGGAGGACACAGCUCAUUGGUAUAGAGAUUGUUUAUAAAUUGUUAUUCAAAGUGUUGGAGGCUUUCAAGUAAUUUUCUGUUAAAUAUAAUGUUUCAUUAUGUACAUAAAAGUGAUUAUCUUA